GUGCGGUGUCAAAUGGUUUAAGAAGCAAGUAUAACUGCGAUAAAAACACAUUGCAUUAUGGACAUGGAUGUCGAAUUCUUCUGCUACAAGCCGAUUCGUCCCAUAUAUUGGUAAGCGAAUCAUGUCUUCCAUAGAAGAACAAGCAAAACAGCUUCUUGUAUACAAAACUGGCGACAUGUUGGGCCUCGAUAUGUUUGGAGAUGCCGAAGAGGGCGAAAUGGAAGGAUUCAAAUCCCGAAUAGCGGUGUUUGGAAUGACUGGUUCUGGAAAGUCUGCGCUGAUAAAUACAGUUCACAAAUUACUGUUUGGCCCGGAGCACGAGCUAGCGGUAGUACAGUCUUCCGGAGGCGAGGGCACCGAAGUUCUCGAGGAGUUCUUUCAUGAUUUAGGCUUUACAAUGGUUGACACGAGGGGGUUCUUCGAGUUUGAUACGGCAACAGAGCAAGCGGAACUUUUUCGAAUCUUUUACGGUGGCGUCAAAGAAGGCGAAGUGAUUGACCGCGGAGCACUGGGCGCUAGAAAAGCAGCCUCAGUCGGAAAGGCUGGUCACAAGAUGAACAAGCCUCCGCUGUCACGCCAGGUGCAUGCUGUAUUGUGGGUAAUCAAGGCAAAUGACGUCAGACUUGCAAAUGAGAUGUACCGGGAUAAGUUUAAAUUCCUUAAGGACAGACUGAGCCAAGAGUCAAUCACAAUCAUCACAGCCAUCACUCAUAGUGACGUAAUUGAUGCAGCGAAUAAUCCAGAAAAAGCCGCAGCUGAGGUGGUCGCCAAGGCACGCGAAGCCACAGGGAGCCAGCAAAUGAACACUUUUCUGAUCUCUAAUUGGCUGGGAGGCCAGAAGUCGUAUGACGUCAGCAUGCAAAAGGAGGUAAUGCGGUUGAUGGAGACAGCGUUGGAGUGCGCAGAGAGAUCGGUGAAGAUGAGGCAAACAAAGAGGAGCUUUGCCAGGAGGCAGACUGAGAGGAGGGCUGCUCAGAUUCGCGCACAAGGAGGGAAAAUGCCAAGGGAACAUGAAGAUAGUAGUGACAUCAAUUGCAACUUCUAGAUAUUUUAGCAGUUUAUGAAGAAGAACAAGUGGAGAACCAAUAUAAAAAAAGUUUGAUAGAAUUAUGGAUAGUCUAGUGCAAUCACAUUCAAAUAAGGCCAAAUUUGAGGGGGUUGAUACCAAGGAAAAUUCCAUGGGAAGAUAAAGAUAGUAGUAACAUAAAUUGCAACUUUUAGAUAUUUAGCAGUUUAUUAAAGAAGAAUCGAGGAAGGGGUAACCAUCCCUAGGGGAUUACCAAUAUAAAAAAAAGGUUUGACAUAUUUUUUGAUAUUAGCUCCAACACAUUUCCUUAAAAAUCAGCCCUAAUUGGGGGGUGGGGCAUACCAAGGAAAAUUCCCACGGGAAGAUCAAGAUAGUAGUGACAUAAAUUGCAACUUUUAGAUAUUUAGCAGUUUAUAAAAGAAGAAUCGAGGAAGGGGUAACCAUCCCUAGGGGAUUACCAAUAUAAAAAAAAGGUUUGA